AAUCCAAUCCUUCAUGUUCAUGGGUCCUACAACAACCUAAUACCAACCUGGCAUUAUUUGUCAGCACCCAAACCAUACACCAUUUUAAUAUCAUCACCACACUUAAUGUAAGUGAGUAAUUAAACUAUCUAACAUGGUAUAUAGUUAAAAUAAUACAUACAAUACACUAAUAAACUUACAUAUAUACACAUUGAUACCACUCUUUGCUUAGUUGCUUAAUUCUACUUUCUCUUAUCUUCCAAAAUGAAGAAGCAACUACCACUUGUUCUAUUAUCCCUCACACUCAUUAUAUCACUCAUUCAUUCCACCACCGCCGGUGCCGCCACCAACGGCAACCACAACAUCACUCGCAUUCUCGCCAAACACCCUGACUUCUCCACUUUCAACCAUUACCUCACCGUCACUCACCUCGCCGACGAAAUCAACCGCCGUCAAACCAUAACAAUCCUCGCCAUCGACAAUGCCGCCAUGUCUUCUCUCCUCGACAAACACCUCUCCGUUUCCACUCUCAAAAACGUUCUUUCCCUCCACGUCUUAGUUGACUACUUUGGCGCCAAAAAACUCCACCAAAUCACUAACGGAACAACUCUCGUUUCCUCCAUGUUUCAAGCUACUGGAUCCGCCGCCGGAACCGCUGGAUACGUCAACGUCACAAAUCUAAAAGGCGGUAAAGUCGGUUUCGCCGCCGAAGACAACGACGGACUCCAUUCAUUCUACGUUAAAUCCGUUCAAGAAAUUCCUUACGUCAUUUCCGUUCUUCAAAUCAGUCAACCUUUAAGCUCCGCCGACGCCGAAGCUCCAACGGCGUCGCCGAGCGAUAUCGAUUUAAUCUCAAUUAUGUCAAAACAAGGUUGCAAAGCUUUUGCAGAUUUGUUAAGAGUUUCAAAAGCUCUUCCAACUUUUAAAGAAACUGUAGACGGCGGUUUAACUGUUUUUUGUCCAACAGACAGCGCCGUUAACGGUUUCUCAACAAAAUACAAAAACCUAACGGAUUCUCAAAAGGUUUCACUUCUGUUAUAUCACGGAGUUCCCGUUUACCAAUCAUUACAAAUGUUGAAAUCAAAUAACGGUAUCAUGAACACGUUAGCAACCGAAGGUGCAAACAAGUAUGAUUUCACAGUUCAAAAUGACGGAGAAGAUGUUAACCUUGAAACGAAGGUUAAUACUGCGAAUAUCAUUGGAACAUUGAUAGAUCAAGAUCCAUUUGUAGUGUACAAAAUUAGUAAAGUUUUGAUGCCACGAGAAUUGUUUAAGGGAGUAAAAGAAGAUUUAGCACCUGCUGAGUCACCUAAAGCGCCAAAGAAGAAGAAGAAGAGUAAGGCAGCUCCGGCGGAGGAUGCAGAUUCACCGGCGGAUGGACCAGAUGCAGAUUCAGAAUCUGAUGAUCAGAAAGCUGCUGAUGAUAAUGGAGUGAGUGGAUUAAAUCAACGGUUCGGAUUCAUUAUGGUGCUUUUUAGUUUGUUUAUUGGAGUUUUGGUUCUAUAAUUGUAUGCAUCAUUAAAACAUGAUGACAGCUAUGGUCAAAUUGUGGUGAUGAUAAUAUUCUUUCUUUUUCUUCUUUUUUUUCUUUUUUUCUUUUUUUCUUUCUUUGAGAUAUUGUUUGUGAAGGAAAUAAAACGGUGACACCAACGUGUUGGGGACACUGUCGUUUUUCUUUUUCUUGAAAAAAAAAUACAAUUUUAAGUUUUUUUUUAUUUUGUAUUUAUUUAUUUGAUUGGCUAUUUUUGUCGGUGUGUGACUAUGUGUAAUGGGUAGAUCCAAUUUGUGCUAGCUGCCAAUUGUGAUGUAUGCAUAAUUGCAUAUAAUUUAUUAUGAACAUUUUAUUAAAGUAGACUACAUCUU